AUGGCCGACUUUACACAAACACUGCCCGACGAACUCUGCGUCCACAUUCUCUCCCAUCUCGACGUGGCCUCGCUGGCGGCGGCGGCACAGACGUGCACCAACUGGAACCGCCUGGCAGCGGACAAUAGCCCGUGGCGAGCGGCCACACAUCGCGAGUUUCCGGGCGAUCCGCUGGUUCCUGCGCUUGCGCCGCUGACAGCGGCGGUCGGAUGGCGACACACCUACCGCGAAGUUGCCCGCAUCCGCGCCAACUGGUCGGCCGGCCGCUGCGCGCUGCGGUUCCUCACGGGCCACACCGGCGGGGUGUGGGGCCUGGAUCGCCUCACCGACUCGGGCCUCCUGGUCUCUGUCGGCUUUGACAACGUCGUCCGCCGGUGGGAUCUGCGUGCCAUGGCCGAGGUUGACGUCCUCCGCCGCCUCUCGGCCGGCCCGAAUAACUUUCGUGCCGUCGGCGGCGAUCUGGUUGUCGGCAUCCACGACGGCGCCAUCAACAUCUGGGAUCUGCCGUCUCGCUCGCUGCUGGCUUGCCUCCGCACGCCGUACACUAAUUUGACAGCGAUGCGGGCAUGGCGGGCCAGCUCCGGCCUUCGCAUUGCGCUCGGCACCUCGUCCGGCGAUGUCCGCAUCCUCCAUGUUCCACUUGUCCACGGCACACCCGUGCUCGACGAGGCCGGCACCGCAAACUAUGAGCUCGAGCUAGACGAGACGCCACACGAGGACGCGGUCCGCUCGCUCGCCGUCGCCGACGACGGAUCGGCCAUUGUGUCAGCCGGCAAGGACAUUGCCAUGUUCUCAGUCUCACCGCCGCGGCUCGUCCAGGCUUUUCCCGGCCAUACUCCUCUCUCAGUUUCUGCCGUCACCUUUGACGCUACCACAGUUGUCUCUGGCUCGGGCGAUCGGACGGUGCGGGUUUGGGACGUGGCGAGCGGGCUCGAGCUGGCUGUUCUUGAGGGCCAUACUCGGACUGUGUCAGCUGUUGCCAUGGCCGGGUCGCUCAUCGCCUCUGGCUCCUCCGACGGCACCGUCCGGGUCUGGUCACGGCUCGACGGCACGCUCCUGCACACCCUCACGCUUCCGGAUCCAGCAACCAACUCUGGUCUCGGCAACCCGCUCUCGCUGGCGUUUGACCCGACGUCGAUCGUGGUCGGACUCCGGACCGGCUCGAUUGCCGGCAUCGGCCGUCGGCCGGCGCGACGAGUCGGCCGCGACCGAUGCGCCGGCUAUUGCUUGGGCAAUGGCUCCGAUCAAGGUCCCGACAUGGCUCUUUAG